UACAAAGGAAUAAUUAAAUUCCCACCUUAUGUCCACUCUCUAAAGACUAGAAUCUCUUUGAAUUCUCCACCCAUAUCAAUUUUGACUGCUAAUUUCACUGUUAACAUUCAGCCAUUCACAAUUAAUUUCUUUGAAUCAUAUUCUCUUUUUGGAAGGUGAGAGAUGUCGACCAUCUUUGGAACAAUGGAGGUCAAUAUUGUCAACGCUCGCGGUCUCAAAAACAACGAAUUCUUGGGCGGUGGAAUAGAUCCAUAUGUUUUGAUUCAAUAUAGAGCUCAAGAACGUAAGAGCACUACUGCAAAAGGCCAAGGCAGUAAACCAGAAUGGAAUGAGAGGUUCAAUUUCAGGGUAGAGUAUCCCUCUACAGAUAAGCAGUACAAGCUUAUACUUAAGCUCAUGGAUCAUGAUACCUUUUCCUCAGAUGACUCUCUAGGCGAAGCGACUAUUUAUUUGAAGGAAUUGAUUGAAUUGGGCGUGGAGAAUGGAAGAGCUGAAAUUCAUCCUCGCAAAUAUAGUGUGGUGGGCAGUGAUCAAUCUUACUGUGGGGAAAUUCAAGUUGGCCUCACUUUCACCCCUAAGGUAUUCUUUUGAACCCUCAGCUGCAGCAUCGGG